AUGGGCAAAAUAACACAGACACUGGACAGAGGAUCUCUGCCUAGAAGUCCAGCAUUCCAGAAUCACCUCUUCACUGUUGAUGUUGAGACUGGUGUUUUGCGGGCUUCACAGGGAUUCAUUCAUCUACACCUCCAUAAAAUCCCUUCUCGGGAACUCAUUGUGGAUAUGGAUUCUGUGUACCAGUAUUUAGGAUAUCCAGCACAAGCCAACGACGAUUCAGGGACUUCAAGGGAUAAUCUAUGGCUGUACGGCGUGGGUACCUUCGUGGUUCUGUGGACCCUAGGCUGGCUGUACAGAGACAGUCUGGAGAUAGAGGAUAUCAAGGACAAGUAUGUGUUUGUGACGGGCUGUGACUCUGGCUUCGGGAAUUUGCUCUGUAAGAGGCUAGACCGGCGAGGGUUCAGGGUGAUAGCUGGGUGUCUCACAGAGAAAGGGGCUGAUGAUCUGAACAGGGCGACUGGGCCGUACCUGAAGACGGUUCUCCUAGACGUGACGAGCACCGCCAGUAUACAGAAAGCCAUGGAGUACACCAAGCAGGAGGUUGGAGAUAAUGGACUGUGGGGCAUCGUGAACAAUGCGGGGCGCUCCCUGCCCAUGGGUCCCUCAGAGUGGAUGAGGCUGGAGGACUAUACCAGUACCCUGAAGGUCAACAUGACGGGGGUGAUAGAGAUGACCCUCACCUUCCUGCCCCUCAUCAAACAGGCCCAGGGGAGGAUUGUUAAUGUAGCAUCAGUACUGGGUAGAGUGGCAGCUAACGGAGGUGGAUACUGCAUAUCUAAGUUCGCUGUGGAGUCUUUCUCAGACUGCCUCAGGAGGGAUAUCCACUACUUUGGAAUCAAGGUGUGCAUCAUUGAACCAGGUUUCUUUAAGACAGCGGUUACCAGUCUGGAUCCCAUCGAGAGAGAGCUGCAUCGCCUGUGGAACCAGCUCACACCUGAAGUAAAGACCAGCUACGGAGACAAAUACCUGGAAAAGUACAUCCAGAUCCAACGGUUGAUCAUGAACGCAGUGUGUGACUCGGACCUGAGUAAAGUGACUAACUGCAUGGAGCAUGCCUUGGUGUCUAGCUACCCCCGAACCCGCUACAGUGCCGGCUGGGACGCUAAAUUGGGAUGGAUCCCCCUCUCUUACAUGCCAUCCUGUGUCAUCGAUAUUGGGCUGAAACUGGUGAUGCCACGACCUGCUAAGAGUGUCUAG